AUGUACAUUCAAUCAAAAACCAAAAUGAAUCUCAAUAACAAUUCUUCAAGUUCUUCUAGUUCCUCUGGUGAUGAUGAUUUUUUUAAUAAUGCAUUACUUAAUAUAAUGCUUAUGUACCAGAAUAUUGCGGAACAAGAAGAUUUUAUAAUCCAAUUCACUAUCCCAAAGCAUAUUGAAUCAACGUCCAGUGGGAAACCUGCUCAAAAAAAGAAGAGAUUUCGUAUGAGUCGAUCUUUGUUUUUUCGAUUUGUUGAAGGUGUUACAACUACAGAUCCAUACUUUCAACAACGACCAAAUGCGCUUGGGGAACUAGGCGCGUCUCCUAUACAAAAAUGUACUGCCGCAUUGAGGAUGCUCGCAUAUGGAACAUGUGCUGAUGCAGUUGAUGAGUACAUAAAGAUUGGGGAAAGCACUGAAAGAAGUUGUCUUCUCCAUUUUGCCCAAGCAAUUAGACAAGCCUACACAGAAGUGUACUUGAGAAGGCCAAAUGUCACUGAUUUGCAACGACUACUUCAUGACGGUCAACGAAGGGGAUUUUCAGGCAUGUUAGGCAGUAUAAAUUGCAUGCAACUGGAAUGGAAGAAUUGCCUAAGAGGUUGGAAAGAGUUGUAUCAAGGAAGAAAUAAGCAUGCAACAAUCAUCUUAGAAGUUGUGGCCUCUGGUGACUUGUGGAUUUGGCAUGCUUUUUUUGGAACGCCUGGGACUUGCAAUGACAUAACUGUCUUGAGAAAGUCUCCUGUUGUUGAUGAUAUUUAUCAAGGUAAAGCUUCUGAGAUAACUUAUGAUACGCCAAGAGUAGUAAGGAAAGAUGUUGAACGUGCAUUUGGAGUUUUACAAGCACGAUUUGCAAUCAUACAAAGACCAUCUCUUAUUUGGGAUCAGGAUUUAAUAUGGGAAAUAAUAUUGGCAUGUAUCAUUCUUCACAAUAUGAUUGUUGAAGAGGAAUGUGAUACGUACAGAAAUUAUAAGGACACAACUGAAUUCGAACAAGAUAAUAUUCAAUAUGUUGCUGAACCAUCUUCCCAACCACGCAAUACAACUUACCAAGUUCAAGCGGGCAGAUAUAAUAAUUUGACGUUGCAGCAAUAUAUGCAUAGAAGAGAACAAGUUUAG